GAUAUUUUCUAUUAAUUGAUGUCAUAAAAUCUCAAGACAUGAAAUAACAUACACUAAUUCUAUAACAGAAAAUACUACCACUGAAUCCCUACUGGUGUAGCAUCAAUGAAGAUAAUUCAUUGACUGGAAGAUGCUGGAGGGAAGAGAAGGCAGUCAUCACUGUAUCGGUAGUAAAAGUAACAGAGAAAAGAGCACAUUGACUGUGAAAUGUGGGGCUGUGGGCAAGCAGCAGGGUGUGGGUUGUUUGUAAGAAUUAAGUACUCAAAGUAAAAAUUAACCAGCAAACAAAAUUUCAUUUUGGUACGCACACCUCAACUUUUGCUCUUGAGUCUACAGAGUGAAUUCAAGUUAUGUUAGCACAGUUAACUCAAAGUGGCAAGAAAAUACUUGAAAUAAGGAUGCAAAUUCUUUUCCUUUUUUUUUUUUUUUACUGAAGUAUAGUUGAUUCAAGGAUGCAGUUUUUUAUAACAUUUCUGAAUAGGUAAAAAUUCUUAAGACUCAAAAGACAUUAUUGCUACCCAUAAAAGUGCACCUCCUCAGCAUCUCCUUGGGCACAAAGGAAAAUUUUAAGGACAUGAUAGAAAUAAAAUGUAAAUAUAAAUAUACCUAUUUAUGUACAAUAUUAUAUAUAAUUAAAUAUAAAAUCUCAAAUAUAUUAAAUUUUAAAUUAGUUUAAAUGGUCUAUAAUCUGUAGGUAAACUUCUCUGAAUAUCACCUACAGAUUGAGCAAAAGUCAGAAGUCAGCGAUGAGAAACCGAACAAUAACAACAUUCAUUCUGCUGGGACUGACAGAUGACCCCAAGCUACAGGUUCUGAUUUUUAUCUUUCUAUUUGUAGCCUACAUGCUGAGUUUGACUGGAAACCUGACCAUCAUCACACUCACCUUUGUGGAUUCCCACCUGAAAACACCCAUGUACUUUUUCUUAAAAAAUUUCUCCUUCUUGGAGAUCUCAUUCAUAUCUUCUUGCAUCCCCAGAUACCUAUAUAGCAUAGCAACAGGUGACAAGGUCAUUACCUAUAACGCUUGUGUCAUUCAAGUGUGUUUCACUGACCUCUGUGGAGUAACAGAGUUUUUUCUCCUGGCUGCCAUGUCCUAUGACCGCUACGUGGCCAUCUGCAAACCCCUGCAUUAUGUGACCAUCAUGAGCAGCAGAGUCUGUGGGAUUCUUAUCAGCUCUUGUUGGAUGGCUGGUCUGUGUGUUUUAAUCCCACCACUUAGCCUGGGUUUGAAUUUAAAAUUUUGUGACUCUAACAGGCUUGAUCAUUUUGGCUGUGAUGCGUUUCCCUUAGUGAAAAUCUCAUGCUCAGACACAUGGCCCAUGGAACAGACGGUUAUAAUCUGUGCUGUGCUGACCCUGAAUAUGACUCUCACUUGUGUAGUUCUGUCCUAUGCUUACAUCAUCAAGACAAUUUUUAGGUUCCCUUCUGUCCAGCAAAGGAAGAAAGCUUUUUCGACCUGCUCUUCCCACAUGAUUGUGGUUUCUAUCACCUAUGGGACGUGCAUUUUCAUCUACAUGAAUCCUACAGCAAAGGGAGAAGUGACUAUUAAAAAAGUGGUUUCACUGCUCAUUUUUUCUGUUUCACCUACUUUGAAUCCAUUUAUUUAUACCUUGAGAAAUAAUCAAGUUAAAAGAGCCUUUAAAGACUCAAUUAAAAGAAUAGCCUUGCUCUCAACUAGGUAAAAAAACAAAAACAAAAACAAAAACAAAACGCAAUGUUUUUAAACCAUCAUCUCAAAACCAGGGCCAAACAGUCACAAUGUUUAUUUUUGGAGCUUGUAAUCUUGUGUUUGCUUUUUAAUAAUAGAUAUGUGAGUCACAUUAAUUUUCUCAGCAUUUCUUUAACCUAGCUUCUAUAUAG